CUCUUCCAUCCCCCCCACCCCCUCCUCCCCCGAGGAGGAAUAGACAGAUUACUGCUAUCUGUGCACACAGCAGCCUGCAGCUGCUCUGACCAGGGCUAGCCCAACAUUGGGAGAAAGCAAGAGGAACUCAGAGGAGGAAAAGAGAGGGGAGUUCUUUAGCCUUUUUUUGUCUCUCAGUCUCUGUCACAACAGGGCUAAUCACCGACCGACUAGCCCUUUGGCAAAGUCACAGUGAGGGAGGUCUCUCCACCAAACAGGCGACCAGCCGACAAGCCAACACGUGUCAGGACCUGACAGAACUGGGGAUUUUUAUUUAUUUUAAGUGGUUACUUCUUCUCUCCUCUUCUGCCGUGUUUAACUGCAUUAUGGAUCAUUGUGAUUUAUCCACAGUGGAGCUGCAUUUUGGAUUCUGCAGCCUGGCAGGGGGGCAGUUAGUGGGGGCAGAUGGAAUACGGUCACCUGCCAAGCCUUCACGGCCUUACCUCUGCCUGUGAGUUUUUCAUGCUGCUUUCAGUCUUUAAUACCAGGAGCCAUUUUGUAACCUUGGCUAAUAGGGGGCCGCCACACUUUUUCAGAACGAGAAACCAAGAAAACAUCUAUCUUGUGUCUUUCCAUGGAAAGGAACUAUAAAUGAAUGUGAUGCAUGACUGUUUCUUUUAAGAAUUGAAAAGAGGGAAAAGGGACCACUUUCAAACUAAUGAGCAUCUCCCGGCACUGUCGAUGGAACUUGGGAGCCUUGGGUUGCUCCAGCCAGGCUAGGGUGGUCUGUCCUCUGGUGUGUGCCGUAUCCCCCCACCAUGCAGAAUAAUGAGCCCUCCACACCAUGAGUCCUCUGGGCCAGGUUAGUGUGCAGCCUACCUGGAACGCAGCCCUGCUCACUGUGCUCUCCCUCAUGGUGCCUGCUCUCAGUAUGUGCCAGUCCACAGGCCCUGCGCCGGGUUCAUCUAACCCACAGAACUGUCCAGGUGUGUGCUCCUGCACUAAUCAGCUCAGCAAGGUGGUGUGUACUCGCAGAGGCCUGAUUAGGGUUCCUCCAAACAUCCCAACCAACACCAGGUACCUGAACUUAAUGGAAAACAGCAUAGAGACCAUACAGGCAGACACAUUCAGACACCUGCAUCACUUGGAGGUACUGCAGUUAGGUAGAAAUGCUAUCAGGCAGAUUGAAGUGGGUGCCUUCAAUGGUCUGACCAGUCUCAAUACACUGGAGCUGUUUGACAAUAGACUGACGGUCAUACCCAGUGGAGCUUUUGAGUAUCUGUCAAAGUUGAGAGAGUUGUGGCUAAGAAACAAUCCCAUUGAAAGCAUCCCCUCUUAUGCCUUCAACCGUGUCCCAUCACUCAUGAGACUGGACCUGGGAGAGCUGCGAAAAUUGGAGUACAUCUCUGAUGGGGCAUUCGAAGGCCUUCAGAACCUGAAGUAUCUCAACUUGGGGAUGUGCAACCUGAGGGAGUUUCCUCAUCUUUCACCUCUGGUGGGAUUAGAGGAACUAGAAAUAUCAGAAAAUGUUUUCCCUGAACUGAAGCCUGGGGCCUUCCGUGGGCUCAAGAAUUUACGUAAACUGUGGAUUAUGAACUCCGUCAUCACUACCAUUGAGAGGAAUGCAUUUGAUGAUAUCACAGCCUUGGUGGAGCUCAAUUUAGCCCAUAAUAACCUGUCAUCCCUCCCUCAUAACCUCUUCACCCCUCUGCAGUACCUGGUGGAGCUACACCUGCACCACAACCCUUGGAGAUGUGACUGUGAUGUAGUGUGGCUUUCCUGGUGGCUCAGAGAAUACAUUCCCACAAAUUCAACUUGCUGUGGACGCUGCCACACCCCGGCCCACAUGAAAGGACGAUACUUGGUGGAAGUUGAUCAGACUACAUUUCAGUGCUCAGCACCAUUCAUACUCGAUGCGCCUAGAGAUCUGAACAUCUCAGCUGCGAGGGUGGCAGAGCUGAAGUGUCGCACAGCUGCCAUGAGCUCAGUUCGAUGGCUUCUCCCCAAUGGGACUGUAUUGACCCAUGGCUCAGCUCACCCACGAAUAUCUGUCCUUAACGACGGGACACUAAACUUCUCCAAUGUUCUCCCAUCAGACACAGGGGUCUACACCUGUAUGGUAAGCAACAUGGCAGGAAAUUCCAAUGCCUCUGCCUAUCUAAAUGUCAGCAAUGCUGAGCUCAACACAUCUAAUCUGUCCUACUUUACCACCAUAACCGUGGAAUCUUCAGAGCCCACAGCGAAGGAAACCCCUAAACCCAAACCUACUGUCCCUGCUUCGCCCUCUGUCUUUCAGCCCGUCUUCAUCUCCACACCUACUGUGCUGUUCCAAAACACUCAGACUCCAAGGCAGGUGUCAAUCCCCACUGCCAGAGUCUCUAUUGGGCCAGCCGCCAGCCUGGAUGAGGUGAUGAAAACCACCAAAAUCAUCAUUGGCUGUUUUGUUGCUGUUACUUUGUUGGCAGCUGCCAUGUUGAUAGCAUUCUAUAAGUUGCGUAAGCGGCAUCAACAGAGAAGCACGGUGGCAGCAGCCAGGACCAUAGAAAUCAUACAGAUGGAGGAAGAAGUUCCUCCUGUUCCACCACCCACCUCCAGAUCUAGUGGCUCUGAUGACACAGGGCUGGUACUGCCUACGUUAGUGGAACACAACAGCAACACCUUUAAACCUGGGUAUGUGUCCUCCUCCUCCUCCUCAUCCCGUCAAGGGGGCUAUGGAGCCCACUGGACCCAGAACAACUCUCUUCAUCGUUCAGUCAGACAGCAUCACAGCCAUAUCAACACCAUUGCUGAUCCCUACAUCAUUAAAACUACUCAUGGCAAGGAGAAAGUUCAAGAGACCCAGAUCUGAUUAAUGCUCGUUAUGGAUUUAUCUCUGACUCCGUCCCAGCGUCUGCUCUCCACCUAUCUGCUCACCAGUCCAUGCAAUAGAAUGCACAAAGAACAAAACGGUAACUUUCUUUUGUACAGAAGUGCAAAACAGAGACAGUUUUUUUUUUUGUUUCUUGU